UAUUUGGGGUUAAGGGAUUAAAGAUCUAGAUAAAGCCAAGAUAGGCCCUCAUUCCGUGAGAUAAGAUCUAUUAGGGUUCAUCGGUCAAAAGAGGGAAAAUUAUGGCUAAGAAUAUCACUCAGAGGCCGCUGAUCUUCCAAGACGAGAACUUUGAUGUCUCUUGCAAAAAACCCCUGGGUGGCGAAAUAUCUUUGAGUUCUAAACAAUCAGUGGUCAAGAAAGGCGGUGCAGGGCGAAAGAGCCGUGGUGCCCUUUUUGACAUUACAAACAAGUCUGCUGUGCAACCAAAGGCAUCACAGAAGAAAAGUGUCUCACAUAAGAAGAAACUUGUCUUUAAGGAGGAUGAAGUUAACAUUGAGGAGGAGACUGUUCUGCAUGACCACAAGAAGUGCAUUGAGGCACAAGAGGCCAUAACGACUCUGGAUCUUUUUGACAUAGCUUUUCCUAAACUCGAUUCAAUUGAAAUUUCAGACAUGAAACCAGAAGAGAGCAUUCACUGCGGCUACCCAGAACCAGAAGAGCUUCCCACUGCAGAGGACUCUAAAUGGCUUCAAUCUUGUUUGACAUGGAAAUCUCCUCCAUCUUCUCCAACAAGCUGUGGUUCUCCGCUAUCUCCUAUAUGGGAAUUUGAGCCAGUUGAGUUUAAAAUGAAAGAAGAGAUUGAUUUGUCUGUUUGAUAUGCAAUUUGGCAUCAGUACAUCACCAUAAAAACAGCCUCUCUACAUUUCUUGUUGUUAGUUUGUAUGGAGCCAGAGGAAACUUUUUUACAUUUCUUGUAGUAUAUGUGUAUGAUUUCGUGUCUGGUGCCUGCCUAUUAGUUGAGUUUUUGUCAUGAUGAAAAUAAAAAAAAAGAACAUCUUUAU